AUGAGGCUGCUGGUCUUCCUGGGCCUGCUGUGGGGCUCGGCGGCUGCGUCCUCAGGGCCACAGUGGCCCAAGCCAGUGUUUGGGCGCCUGGCAUCGCCCGGCUUCCCCGACCAGUACGCCAACAACCAGGAGCGGCGCUGGGCCCUGACGGCACCCCCCGGCUACCGCCUGCGCCUCUACUUCACCCACUUCCAGCUGGAGCCCUCCUACCUGUGCGAGUAUGACUUUGUCAAGCUGAGCGCCGGGACCAAGGAGCUGGCCACGCUCUGCGGCUCGGAGAGCACGGACACGGAGCGGGCGCCUGGCAACGACACCUUCUACUCACCGGGCUCCAGCCUGGAUGUCACCUUCCGCUCCGACUACUCCAACGAGAAGCCGUUCAGGGGCUUCGAGGCCUUCUACUCUGCAGAGGACAUUGACGAGUGCCAGGUGCCCCCAGGAGAGGCCCCCACCUGCGACCACCACUGCCACAACCACCUGGGCGGCUUCUACUGCUCCUGCCGUGUGGGCUAUGUUCUCCACAGGAACAAGCGCACCUGCUCAGCCCUGUGUUCCAGCCAGGUCUUCACUGCCCGGUCUGGAGAGCUCAGCAGCCCUGAAUACCCGCAGCCAUACCCCAAACUCUCCAGCUGCACCUACAGCAUCCACUUGGAGGAGGGAUUCCAUAUCAUCUUGGACUUUGUGGAGUCCUUUGAUGUGGAGAUGCACCCUGAGACCCUGUGCCCCUACGACUCCCUCAAGAUUCGAACAGACAAGGCAGAAUACGGUCCGUUCUGUGGGAAGACAUUGCCCCGCAGGAUUGAAACCAAGAGCAAUACUGUGACCAUCACAUUUACCACCGAUCAGUCGGGGGACCACAUGGGCUGGAAGGUCCGAUACAACAGCACAGCUCAGCCUUGCCCUGAUCCAUUGGCGCCACCUAAUGGCCGCAUCUCCCCUGUGCAAGCCAAAUACAUCCUGAAAGACCACUUCUCGGUCUUCUGCAAGACCGGUUAUGAACUUCUGCAAGGUAAUUUACCCCUGAAAUCAUUUACUGCGGUCUGUCAGAAAGAUGGCUCUUGGGACCGACCGAUGCCAGCGUGCAGCAUUGUGGACUGUGGCCCUCCUGACGAUCUACCCAGUGGCCAGGUGGAGUACAUCACGGGUCCUGCAGUGACCACGUACAGGGCUGUGGUUAAAUACCGCUGUAAUGAGUUCUACACAAUGACAACAGACGAUGGUAAAUAUGUGUGUGAGGCUGAUGGAUUCUGGACGAGCUCCAAAAGAGAAAAAUCACUCCCAGCCUGUGAGCCUGUGUGUGGAAUAUCCACCCGUACUACAGAAGGUCGUAUAUAUGGAGGACAAAAUGCAAAGCUUGGUUACUUUCCUUGGCAAGUGCUGUUACUAGGUAAAACUAUGGCAGCAGGCGCACUUCUGCAUGACAACUGGGUCCUAACAGCUGCUCAUGCUGUAUAUGACCAAAGAGAAGACGCUGCCUCCCUACAGAUUAGAAUGGGUGCCCUGAAGAGAAUAUCACCUAAUUAUACACAAGCCUGGGCCGAGGCCAUCUUUAUACACGAAAGUUACAUUCAUGAUGCUGGUUACGAUAACGACAUAGCACUGAUUAAACUGAAGAACAAAGUUGUCAUCAACAGCAACAUCAUGCCUAUUUGUUUGCCAAGAAAAGAAGCGGAAUCUUUCAUGAGGACAAAUGACAUUGGAACUGCAUCUGGAUGGGGAUUAACCCAAAGGGGGUUUCUUGCGAGAAAUCUAAAGUUUGUUGACAUACCAGUUGUUGACCAUCAAAAAUGUACUGCUGCCUACGAAAAGAAGUCCUAUCCAGAGGGAAGGGUAACUGAUAACAUGCUUUGUGCUGGCUUGCAAAGUGGGGGCAAGGACAGCUGUAGAGGUGACAGUGGGGGGGCGUUGGUGUUUCUAGAUAAUGAGACCCAGAAGUGGUUUGUGGGAGGAAUAGUGUCAUGGGGUUCCACUAAUUGUGGGGAAGCAGAUCAGUAUGGGGUCUACACCAAAGUCAUAAACUACAUUCCCUGGAUCAAGAGCAUCAUUAAUAGUAAUUUUUAA